CUCCUCGCACGUCCUCCUCCGGGUCGUCGCCCCCUCGCUCGGCCAGAAAAAUGGCGACCAACUUUCUGGUGCAUGAAAAGAUCUGGUUUGACAAGUUCAAAUAUGAUGAUACUGAAAGGAAAUUUUAUGAGCAGAUGAACGGGCCUGCAGCCGGUGCCUCCCGCCAGGAGAAUGGUGCCAGCGUGAUCCUCCGUGACAUUGCAAGAGCCCGAGAGAACAUCCCGAAAUUCCUGGCGGGAAGCUCGGGCCCUGGGGUUUCCAGCGGGCCUGGUGGAGAUCACAGUGAGCUCGUGGUUCGGAUUGCCAGCCUGGAAGUGGAGAACCAGAGCCUGCGAGGAGUGGUGCAGGAUCUGCAGCAGGCCAUCUCCAAGCUGGAGGCCCGGCUGAGCGCCCUGGAGAAGAGCUCUCCCAGACACCGCGCCACCGCCCCGCAGACACAGCACGUGUCUCCCAUGCGCCAAGUGGAGCCCCCAGCCAAGAAGGCGGCCACACCAGCAGAGGACGACGAGGACAAUGACAUUGACCUGUUUGGCAGCGAUGAGGAGGAGGAGGAGGACAAGGAAGCAGCCCGCCUGCGGGAGGAGAGGCUGCGGCAAUACACAGAGAAGAAAGCCAAGAAGCCCUCCCUAGUGGCCAAGUCAUCCAUCCUCCUGGACGUCAAGCCUUGGGAUGAUGAGACUGACAUGGCCCAGCUGGAAGCUUGCGUGCGCUCUGUGCAGCUCGAUGAGCUGGUCUGGGGGGCCUCCAAGCUGGUACCGGUGGGCUACGGCAUCCGUAAGCUCCAGAUCCAGUGUGUGGUGGAGGAUGCGAAGGUGGGCACAGACCUGUUGGAAGAAGUCACCAAGUUUGAAGAACAUGUGCAGAGUGUGGACAUUGCAGCUUUCAACAAGAUCUGAAUCCUGAGUGCAUGGUUUGUGUGUGUGAGCCUCUGCUGAAAUUAAAGACUUGAGACUCUGAAAAAAAAAAAAAAAAA